AUGUGUCUAAGAGGACCGCCUAUGGGCAGAUCGCAUCGCUUCCACCAGAAGAACACCACCAUGGGCGUCCUGAGUGAAGACGCCCGCACCUUCACGAAGCGCUCCAACAAGGGCAGACUUAGCAUCGUCUGCGAGAACAAGGUCCACUUCCACGGGACCGUGCGUUAUGCCGUGCAGUUCACCGACGGCGAGCUUUGCAGCGCAGAUGGAGUGGGCUUCAUCAUCUCCUCGGAUCUUCCUUGCACCAAGAACAUUCAAAAGAUCGUGUCGGUGUUUGCCAACAGAACCGGGCGAAUCUGCAUUCGGGUGCACGACGAGGUCGAACGUUGCCCGCAAAGGGUGAAAUGCUUGGAAGUGGGAGACUGGUUGGAGGUAUGCUCGGACCUCACCCAGCAGACCGUCAGCUUCACUGUUUGGCCCAAGGACGGCUCAGAACCAUCUUUUGCCACCGUCUCCUUCAAGGAGACUCUGGCGCAGGCUCGGGGACGCGUGAAUGGCCUGCCGCGCAGUGUCUGUGGCUACCUCGCCGUGGUCAUCAAGCACCUCGGCGUCUCCGUUGCGCUGGGCUCCUAA